AGUCAGAAUUGAUGAGCAGAAAAUUUUCUGCCCAUGUGAUAGUCUUCGUACAAUAAUGCAAAGGCUCGCCGUUUUGACGUCCAAUGAUAAGCUGCCGCUUGCUCCGCGUCCGCUCUCUCUCCACCUUUCCUCUCCCUAUACAUGUCUCCCAAAGGCCAUUGUACCCGCAAAGGCAUUUGUUUCAAUGCAACCUAAGGAUUCAACAACUUGGAAAGCUUGGCCGAGUUGAAGAGGCUCGUCAUGUGUUCGACUCAAUGUCUCAAAGGGACAGUGUCUCUUGGAACUCCAUGAUCAAUGCUUAUAUUCAAAAUAACAAUAUUCGAGAUGCUAAAUUACUUUUUAAUGCCUUUGAUCACAAGAAUGUGAGGACAUGGACCAUUUUGCUAUCUGGGUAUGCAAAAGCUGGGCUUAUUGAAGAAGCUAAAACCGUAUUUCAAUCGAUGCCUGAGCGUAAUGUAGUGAGUUGGAAUGCAAUGUUAGCGGGGUAUGUGCAGAAUGGGGAUAUAAAAAAUGCUAGGAAGUUGUUCGAUGAGAUGCCCGAGAAAAAUAUUUCUUCGUGGAAUUCAAUUAUAACCGGGUAUUCUCGAUGCGGAUUGAUGAGAGAAGCGAGGGAGUUAUUUGAUAGAAUGGGAGAGAGGAAUUGUGUGUCUUGGAUGGUGAUGGUGUCCGGCUAUGUUGAGAUAAGCCAGUAUAGAGAAGGAUGGCAUAUCUUUUUGAUAAUGAUGAAUAGUGGACUGAUGCCCGAUCAGUCAAUUUUGGUGGUUGGACUGUCAGCAAUAAUGGGUUUGAAUAAUUUGGAUUUGAUUAGCAGUUUGAGGACUAUAACGAUGAAAUUGGGCUAUGAAGGGGAUGUGGUGGUGGGGACUGCUAUUCUGAAUGCAUAUAUGAGGAGUGGGAGUUUGGAUAAUGCUGCUAAAUUUUUUGAAGCUAUGCCAGUAAGGAAUGAGUACUCAUGGACUAGUAUGAUUGCUGCUUUUUCACAGUGUGGAAGAUUGGAUGAUGCAAUUGCAUUGUAUGAGAGAGAGAGUGAAAAAAGUGUUCCUACGAGGACCACGAUGAUGGCUGCAUAUAUGCAGAAAGGGAGGAUUGAUGAUGCCAGACACAUAUUUGACCAGAUUGAGAAUCCAAAUCUAGUUACUUGGAAUGCUAUGAUUGGUGGAUAUGCCCAGAAUGGAAUGGUUGAAGAAGCAAAAGCUAUGUUUCUGCAAAUGCCUGUUAGGAAUGCUGCUUCUUGGGCAGCCAUGAUUGCUGGUUUUGUGCAGAAUGGAAAUUUUAGAGAGGGUUUGGAGUUGUUUUCUGAGCUUCUUAGGACUGGGAUGGUUCCAAGUCGUUCAAGCUUUACCAGUGCUUUGGUUGCUUGUGCCAACAUUGGAGAUGUUGAAAUAGGUAAACAAAUACACUCCCUUACUAUUAAGACACGUUCUGACUCUAAUCCAUUUGUGGGAAAUGGCUUGAUUUCCAUGUAUGCAAAGUGCAAUAACAUAGGAGAUGUUUCCCAGGCAUUUAGUACAAUGAAUGCGAGGGACACAGUCUCGUGGAACUCACUCAUUUCUGGGCUUUCAGAGAACAACAUGUUGAAUGAUGCAUGGAACACUUUCGAAAAGAUGCCAAUGCGGGAUGUGGUAUCUUGGACAGCUAUCAUAUCAGCAUAUAUGCAAGCUGGUGAAGGAGAGAGGGCCUUGAAAUUGUUCCUUGAUAUGUUGUCUGCUGGAGUGAAACCAAAACACAUAACAGUUACUAGCCUUCUAAGUGCUUGUGGCAAUCUGGGUGCAAUCUGUCUUGGAGAACAGUUCCAUGGAUUGCUAUUCAAAUAUGGAUUUGAUUCAUGUUUAUCUGUGUUGAAUGCUCUAAUAUCUAUGUAUUUCAAGUGUGGUAGUCUAGAUGGUCUUUAUGUCUUUGAAGAGAUGCUUGACAGGGACCUAUUCACAUGGAAUGCAGUUUUAGUUGGAUGUGCACAAAAUGGAUUGGGUAAAGAAGCAAUCAAAAUUUUCAGACAAAUGGAAGAAGCUGGAGUUUUGCCAAAUGAAAUAAGUUUUUUAGGUGUUUUACGUGCCUGUAGCCAGGCUGGGUUGGUCAAAGAAGGAUGGGACUAUUUCAUUUCCAUGACCCAGGACUAUGGGAUGAUCCCAUCUGUUUGUCACUAUACUUGCAUGGUUGAUCUCCUUGGGAGAGCUGGAAAGCUUUCAGAAGCUGAAGCUCUCAUCCAAAACAUGCCCAUAAAAGCAGAUUGUGUAAUUUGGGAUGCAUUUCUUGCUGCUUGUAGGAUCCAUCAGAACAUGGAAAUUGGCCAGAGGGUUGCUGAAAAGCUUUUAGAAAUGGGGACAAAGAGGUCUGAGACUUAUUUAUUAUUAUCAAAUAUAUAUGCAUAUCAAGGCAUGUGGGACAAAGCAAGGGAAAUAAGGGAAUUGAUGAAACACAUUGCCGUGAAGAAAGAACCAGGAAUCAGCUGGAUUCAGAUCAAGAACAAGGUGCACUGUUUCCUUGUGGGAGACAAGAAACAUGAUGCAAUCGAUGAAAUUCACUUGGCACUAGAGGACUUCUAUAGAUGCUUCAGAGCUGCAGGUUAUCCAGAUACAAAAGUUGUACUUCACGGUGUUGAGGAGGAACAAAAAAAGAAUGAGCAGGAUUACCACAGUGAGAAACUUGCCCUUGUGUGUGGCAUUCUGAGAACACCAAAUGGGGCUCCUAUUCAGAUUAUGCAGAAUCUCCGAAUUUGUCUUGAUUGUCAUUCUUUUAUGAAAUUCAUGUCCAAAGUCACUAAACGUAAGAUCAUUGUUCGAGAUGGAAAUCAAUUUCACCAUAUCUGGGAUGGUACAUGUUCUUGUGGGGAUUUUUGGUGAGCUUGGUGCAGCAGAAACCUCAAAUUGAAACCUUUGAUUCCGUCUUGUUGGGCAAAUACUGUACGAGCUGCAGUGCCCAAGAUGCAAACUUAUCAUGUGACACUCAGGUGUUGGAGGCAACAAUGAGGCAUGAUCUAGCGGACACAAGCAGUUGCUAUUUAUAGAUAUGAUGCAAUUCAUAAAUGUUAAGACAGCUAAAGCUUGGUGAAUUAGAAAAUUGAAGGCAAGAUGGGAAAGAUGAUUGAUAAAAAAUAUGCUGUAUGGGGUUAAAAAAUAGUGGUUUGUCUAAAACGACGGCUGCUCGCUUGAAUGAGGACUCAUCUCAGGGAUUAAAUGUCAGAAUUGAGAUGUUUCAGGU